UGUCCAUGCUGACAUGACAUAGCGUUAGAAACUGAAAAUUUCGAAUAUAACUUUCUUUCUGUAUAUAUAUGGCUACGGCUUCUUUGAUUCCCGCUUAUUGUGCUUCCUUUAUAAGACUUAGCCGAAAUGGAGCUACUGGCCAUGGACGGUUUGCUUCCUCGACGUCCUUUUCCUGUUUCUGUUUGUCUUCUUCCUCCAGUUCCAACUUCUCUUCUGGGAUCAAUAAUUGGAAACAUCAAGGCUUUAAAGCUCAAGAUACGAGUACUACCAAUCAGGAAAAUUUUGGAUCAUCCAGGGGAAUUUUAAAUGGGAGAGAUGAUCCUGACCAUCUUCUUGUCCUUGUUCAUGGCAUUAUGGGUAGCCCAAGUAAUUGGACAUAUGUGGAAGCUGAGUUAAAAAGGCGUCUUGGAAGAAACUUUUUAAUUUAUGCAAGUUCAUCUAACACUUACACCAAAACCUUCUCUGGGAUUGACGGAGCUGGAAAGCGAUUAGCAGAUGAAGUUAUGCAAGUUGUGAAAAAGACCAAUAGCCUUAAAAAAAUCUCCUUUUUAGCCCAUUCUCUUGGAGGGUUGCUUGCAAGAUAUGCAGUUGCUGUCCUUUACAGACCAACGACCCUGGGAAGUGAUGAACCCGUUGAUCUAGCUGAUUCUAAGAUGGAAAACUCACAAACAAUGUUCCCUUCUAGAAGAGGAACAAUUGCAGGACUUGAGCCAGUCAAUUUCAUUACCUUGGCAACUCCACAUCUUGGGGUGAGCGGGAGAAAGCAGCUUCCAUUUCUCUUUGGAGUUCCCAUUCUGGAGAAACUUGCUCCUCCACUGGCUCCAAUUCUUGUUGGCCGGACUGGUAGCCAACUGUUUCUGACAGAUGGUAAACCCAACAAACCACCCCUGCUUUUGAGAAUGGCAUCUGACUGUGAAGAUAUAACUUUUUUAUCUGCCCUUGGUGCAUUUAGUUGUCGCAUUCUUUAUGCAAAUGUGUCUUGUGAUUAUAUGGUUGGUUGGCGAACAUCCUCCAUAAGGAGGGAGACAGAACUUGUGAAGCCUCCUUGUCAAUCUUUGGAUGGUUACAAGCACGUUGUGGAUGUGGAAUAUAGUGCACCAGUUUCUUCUGAUGGCCCCCAUUUUACUCCAGAAGCAAUCAAAGCAAAGGAGGCAGCACAAAAGGAACCCAGUAUACUAAAUACUGUGGACAACCAUGAAAUUGUGGAAGAGGAGAUGAUACGUGGUCUACAACAGUUAGGAUGGAAAAAGGUUGAUGUCAGUUUUCAUUCGGCAUUGUUGCCCUUCUUUGCUCAUAACCAUAUACAGGUGCAAAAUGAAUGGCUUCACUAUGCUGGUGCCGGAGUGAUUGCCCAUGUUGCAGACAGCCUAAAGCAACAGGAAUCAGCCUCAUUCAUUGCUGCCAGCUUGUAGAGAUAGCAUUCUUUAUUGUAUUUACAGGUAAAACGUGUAUAAUAAUGAAAAAUAAAUAAAUAAAUGAAAGAAAACAUUGACCAUUGAUAGAAAGAUGUUUAAUAAAGUUUUAUUAUUAGAAAGCAUUAAGUAUUUAGAUGACUUAUAUAUUAUAUGAUUGAAUUUUAUUUUAUAUUUAAAUCAAAAUCAUUCAAUUAUACAAUGAUACAUCAUCUAGGUAUUUAAUUGAAUGCACAUAGUGUUAUUGGUGAUAUUAUUCUUUGGACUUCACUUGAGAUAUAUUGUAGAGAAUUAGUCACUAUUUAGUACAUUAGAUAGUAUAUUUUAUGCUAUAGAGAUGCUACUCCUUUUGAGUAUUCUUAAUUAAAUCAUUCCCUAAUAAAUUUAAAUAGGGGUCUGAUAUUUUCAUACAGUGUUUUGUCUUGAAUUUUUCAAGAUGUUUAGGAGCUUGUAUCUAGAUAUUUGAAGGUAGAAAUAUAUACAAUCUAUAUGUCUGUCUGUAUAAGGGCCUCAACUGUACAGCAGAAUAGAACACAUGUAACACACUUUAUAUAACUGUUUUCCAACACACUCUUUCUCUAGCACUCUUGCUAUACUUUUGUUGUGUUCUUUGUGUGUUACUUUCCUCACCCUCUUUUGUUUCAACUUUCAACCUUUAAUUCUUAUUUUUCUCUAGCACUCUUGCUAUACUUUUGUUGUGUUCUUUGUGUGUUACUUUUCCUUACCCCCUUCUGUUUCAACCCUUUAAUUCUUAUCACUUUCGAUGCACGAUCGAUUCUUAGCUAAGUGCACACAGGAACACUGUAUGAGUGAUAAACUUGUAACAUAUCACAGGGAGUAAUUACUUUUUGAGCAAUAUUAUAUGAACAUGUUUUGAGUAUACAAAAUGAAUAUACAAAUGAUGUGUCAUUAUGUGAUUAAAUAUUAUUUUAUCUUUAAUUCAAAUUCACUUGAUCACAUGAUAACAUAUUAUCUAUAUACUCAUUUUGUAUAUUCAAAAUAUGUGCACAUAGUUUAAAAUUUUAUUUAUACUUUUUAGAACGUGUUAGAAUUAAGAUGGAAGAAUUAAUACCCACCCAACAAUUUGAACAUAGCUAUUCGAUCUAACCCUUAGUAAAACCCCACAAAUCAUGGUGAUACAAUCAAUGCACUAGGAUGAUUUGGGCAAUUGAUCCAAAUUUUAACCGACGUGUUGUUCUGUAUUGAUGUUUAUGGAUACUUGAACUCUAUAUUAUUUGUGAUUGUAACUAUUUUUACCCAUGGCCUCACUCUAUCAUACUAGAUUGGUUUAAGCUAUUUAACAUCUCCACUUUUCGCGUGGUGUUAUCAUUUGAGAUUCCUGAACUUUAUUUCCAAAAUGAUUCUGCUUUUGAUUUUAUGGCUAUUGACUUUGUUUCCCUUUUAAACACCGUUGAAAGGUUGGUGUUUAGGAUCUGGCAUCUUGUUCCGGUGGAACCAUUGACAAAACCCAAGUUCUCUCCACGGUUGAAAAAUAUUUCUUCCUUUUUUCGAAUCAUGUUCUUGUCGCCGGUAGUGGUGAGAGAAGGUCAAAUAAAACCAAAUAGAGGAGGAAGAAGCAAACGAUGAUCCCAUUCUUUCAAAAAUUAAAAAAUAAUCAAUUUAUAGUUAGUUGUGCCUGGAUUUUUUUUAAUUUAUUUAUUUAUUUUUGGCUUCGAUGGAUUUUGUUUUUUAUUUAAUAAUUAGAUGAGAUUUAUACUGCACAAAUACAAUACAAUACAAUACAAUACAACACAUCUGCACUAUUUAUUUUUGUUGUAAAGUACUAGUACAAAUCUACCAGUACAACUACCACGACUAAUUGGUAGAAAUCAAAUCGUCUCAUGUCAACAUUUCUCCCCAUCCAUUGACUCGCUUCGUGAUCAUCACUUCCCAAAAAUAUGAAUUAUCCACAUUCCACAGCGCGAGUGGAGAAAUUUGCCUUUUGAACGAGAGCCGGCCUGUCCUUGCCUUGCCUUGUCCCCGCAUUCUCCACUCUAGCUGGCUCAUAAUCAUAGCCAUUGCCUUUGUAAGAAAAAAGAGAAAGCAUCUUCGUGUUCCAAGCUCUUCACUUAACUAUACACAAUUACAGAGAGAGAGAGAGAAAGC